AUGUGUUCUCUAAGGUUACAAGAAAUAGCACACCUGCAGGAAGAAAAUCUAGUAUUAAAAAAAGAACUGUCCAAAAAGAAAUUAGACAAGGAAUUCUUGAAAGAUGAUAACUCUAAAGUUAAAUUCUACACAGGGCUGCCUUCUUUUGCUUUACUAAUGGGGGUGCUACAACAAAUCAGCCCGAGCUUGCCAGACACUGACAGGAAAAUUUCCCAGUUUCAGAUGCUCUUGUUGACUCUCAUGCGUUUAAGACUCAACCUUCCAAUUGCACAUAUUGCACACCUCUUUGAUAUUAGCCGGACAACCACUUCCACUGUGUUUAACAUUACUGUAAAUGUGUUAUACGCUCACCUCAGUCCAUUGGUGCACUGGCCUGGAAGACAUUGCAUACAGGCCAGUAUGCCACACCAGUAUGUAGAGAUGUUUGGUGACCGGGUGACAGUUAUUGACUGUUUUGAACUGUUCAUAGAAAGGGCACAAAAUUUACGCGCCAUGGCGGAGACAUAUUCUACAUACAAAAGCAGACACACAAUGAAAUAUCUCAUUGGCAUCACACCACAGGGGACCAUCUCUUUCAUUUCUAAAGGAUGGGGAGGGCGUACCAGCGAUAAACGAAUAGCUGAAACAUCUGGCUUUCUACAGAAACUUUCACCUGGGGACAUAGUGCUCGCAGACCGGGGUUUUGAUAUCAGGGAAAGUGUUGCCUUAAUGGGUGCCACUUUAAAAAUUCCAGCAUUUACACGGGGUCGCAGUCAGCUACAAGCAAAAGAUGUGGAGGACACACGAAAACUGGCACAUGUCAGGAUCCAUGUUGAACGCGUUAUAGGCUGUCUACGGUCCAAGUACACUAUCCUAAACGACACCAUCCGUUUAGGUUUUGUGGUGCCAUGCGAAGGUGAGAACAUGACUUUGCUGGAUAAGAUAGUCGCUGUAUCAUGUGCGCUCACAAAUAUGUGCCCAAGUGUUGUUGUGAAGCAAGCAAGUGAUGAAUAA